GCAGAGCGUGACAUCAGGACACAUAGUAACAGAAGGUUAAGGAAAGGGGAUUAAGUCUUUUCCCAUACACCCACCUGUGUACUUCCGCAGUGGUGCAAUUUUUUUGUAUCUACACUGCUGUCAUCUUGAGAGUGCACUACUGAAAUGAAAUAUUGAAGACAGAGUGUUAGAAUAAGGGGGGCAGAGCCAUCACGGGAUGCACUGGCGCUCAGUGUGGUCCUGGAGAGAGUGAGGAAGAGCUGAGUAAACAUGAGCCAUGGGCAAACGCUCAGUGGAGGAAACACGACCACAAAUGGCAGCAGAGGAGAUAGAACAACGCUAGAAGAUGCUCCGAAGCCCUCCACGCCAACCAGAAAGCCACAACCUCCUAAGUCAGAGAAUGCAGUCACCAUUGCAGUAUCUUCUCGAGUACUCUUCAACAUGGAGAAGGAGCAGAGGAUCUUUGAGGAGCAGGGCAUGGAGGAGUACAUCAAGUAUCAAGUGGAUCAUGAAACAGAGCCCUUCAGCCCAGGUCCUGCCUUCUCCUUUGUCAAGGCUCUGGAGGCAGUGAAUGCUCAGCUGAGAGAACUGUACCCGUCCAGUGAAGAGCUCUUUGAUGUGGUGCUUAUAACAAAUAACCAUGCAUACGUGGGCCUUCGUCUCAUCAACACCAUCAACCACCACGAGUUACUGAUCGAGCGUUUCUGUAUGACUGGAGGGAAAAGCCCAAUAGGAUAUUUAAAGGCCUACCACACAAACCUGUACCUAUCUGCGGAUUCAAGCAAGGUGCGGGAAGCCCUGGAAGAAGGUAUAGCUGCGGCUACAAUGUUCACCCCAGACAAGAUCACUGAAGUGUCCGACGUACAGCUGCGUGUAGCCUUCGAUGGCGACGCGGUCCUGUUUUCAGAUGAGUCGGAGCGCAUUUACAAAGCCCAUGGUCUGGACAAGUUCUUCGAGCAUGAGAAGGAGCAUGAGAACAGGCCCCUGGACCAUGGGCCCCUCAAAGGCUUCCUGGAAGCACUGGGAAAGCUGCAGAAGAAGUUUUACGACAAAGGCCAGAGAAUGGACUGUCCCAUCCGCACAUACCUGGUGACGGCCCGGAGCGCGGCCAGCUCCGGGGCUCGCGCGCUCAAAACCCUGCGCUCGUGGGGCCUGGAGAUAGACGAGGCGCUCUUUCUGGCGGGGGCUCCCAAGGGCCCCAUGCUGGAGAAGAUCCGGCCACAUCUUUUCUUUGACGACCAGAUGUUUCAUAUAGAGGGCGCUGCUGAGCUGGGGACUGUGGCCUGUCACGUGCCCUAUGGGAUCGCACAGAAAGUAGCCCACAAGGGAGCAAAAACAUCGGCUCCUAACUGAUAGGCUAGUGCGUAAAAGACUUUUUUUUUUU